UACCGCACAAGUGCCUUCAACGGCCCACCUCACCACCAUCUUAUCACCUCCAUAGCCAUGUCGGAGCCGCGGCUGACCAGCGAGCAGAUCAAUGCUCUUCGUGAGAAGGAGCUGGAUCAGUGGAAGACGCAGGAGAACGCGGCCGACCUCAUGGUGCCGCUCAUCGGUCGUCUGUACCGCGAGAACAACGUGGUGAGCGUGCUCUUCGGCAAGGGCCUCGUGCAUAAGAACAGCAUCGACAUCAUCAAGCUGCACAACUUUGUCUGCAAGUACGUGGGCAAGGGCAUGCAGCCCACCGAGACGCUCGUAGUGCUACUCGCUCUCGUCCAGUACGCACCCAACGCACGCGACAUGCGCAUCGAUCUUGGCCGCACGUUUGUCUUGAUGGAGAAGGAGGUGCUGAACGUGCAGGCUCAGGUGACGCCUGAGGCUCGUGACGCCAAGGUGCGUGCGCUGGGAGAGCUGCUGAACGCCAAGAUGGCUCCGCUCACAAGCGCGCCGGCCUUAACGCCCAGCGACGUGAUCUUGUACGGUUUCGGCCGUAUCGGUCGCUUAUUGGCCCGCCUACUUAUCGAGAAGAGCGGCCCUGGCGUCAAGCUCAUGCUGCGUGCUAUCGUAGUACGCAAGGGCACCAAGGAGGACCUCAUUAAGCGUGCCAGUCUGCUGCGUCGUGACUCAGUGCACGGCCCGUUCCAUGGCAGCAUCACAUUCAACGAGGAAGCCAACGCCAUCAUCGCCAACGGUAACCUCAUCCAGAUCAUCUACUCGGACGGCCCAGACAAAUGCGACUACACUAAGUACGGCAUCAACAACGCCAUCGUCAUUGACAACACUGGUCGCUGGCGUGAUGCCGAUGCUCUGGGACUGCACCUCAAGUCUCCUGGUGUCUCCAAGGUCAUCCUAACUGCGCCUGCUAAAGGUGCUGUGCCCACCAUUGUGGCUGGCGUCAAUGAUGACGCGAUCUCGAACUCUGACAACAUUUACUCGGCCGCGUCUUGCACGACCAACGCCAUCGCGCCGUCGCUGUAUGCACUGGACAAGAAGUUCGGCAUUGUGGGUGGCCACAUUGAGACGGUGCACUCGUUCACGAACGACCAGAAUUUGAUCGAUAACUACCACAUGAAGGAACGUCGUGGCCGCAGUGCUGUGCUGAACAUGGUUAUCACGGAGACGGGCGCUGCUGCCGCUGUGGUCAAGUGUCUACCUACGCUUAAGGACAAGUUAACCGCUAACGCUAUCCGUGUCCCGACACCAAAUGUGUCGUUGGCCAUUCUGAACUUGUCACUCGACCCGACCAAGGCCGAAGGGAUCACCAAGGACUCCAUCAACACGUUCAUGUCGAAGGUGUCGUUGGACUCGCCACUCCAGAACCAGAUUGACUUUGUCAACUCGGCGGAAGUUGCAUCCACCGACUUCAUCGGUAGCCGUGCUGCUGGUACCGUGGACGGCAAGGCGACUAUCGUGGACGGCAACAAGGUGAUUCUCUACGUCUGGUACGACAACGAGUUCGGCUACAGUUGCCAAGUCGUGCGAGUUGUUCAGCGCUUGAUGGAGAUUAACCACACGCGCUUCCCGGCCAAGGAGCAGAUGGAGGAGAUCGACCGCUCUCUCAACCUCACCUGGGACAUCUAG